AUGGCUACAGUCACUGCAAACGGAGUGUUGCUAGAGAAUGGCUUCAGCACCACGACCAGCGCCGGCAGGAUGAACGGUCUUACUAUCGGCCAGAACACCAUCCCCAUGAAGGACCACGACGCCAUCAAGCUUUUCAUCGGCCAGAUCCCUCGCAACCUGGAGGAAAAGGACCUCAAACCGCUUUUUGAGGAAUUCGGAAAGAUAUACGAACUCACUGCGCUCUGGUGGGAGCAGCAGCCUCAUGGCUCUGUGCUCUGCUGUGCAUGGACCCUGAAGGUCUUCAUGCACCACCUGUUCCUCUCCAACUAG